UUUGACGCUGUGCUCGGUGGUCCAGGUUGUGGCGUGUUGGUGUCCGUGUCGGAGCCCGUCACUCACAGGAAGGCCGACAGCAUCGCAGGCAAAUACGGCAUAUGGAUGCAGGACUCCGAGGCCGCGGCGCCGUACGGGUCCAGCAUGGUGUGGCGCAUCGACACAGUUGGCUCGGACGUCAGGCAGCUGUUUGGAUACGAAGACAUGGAGCAGCUCUCCAAGGGGUAUCCCACCAAGGUGGUGUUGCUGCCGGAACCCCUGGAGGGGACAGGCGCCGUCCUGUACCGCGGUUCCCUGUACUACCAGCGGCGCCGCAGCCGCACACUGAUCCGUUUCGAUUUGGCGUCAGAGAGCGUGGCUGCGCGGCGUGACCUGCCGCAUGCCGGCUUCCACGGCCAGUUCCCAUACGCGUGGGGUGGCUACACUGACAUUGACCUGGCAGUAGAUGAGCGCGGCCUGUGGGCCAUCUACUCCACCAGCAAGGCCAAGGGGGCUGUGGUGCUCUCCCAGCUAGACCCGCACGACUUGCGGGUGACCAAGAGCUGGGAGACUAACAUCCGCAAGAACGGCGUGGCUAAUGCAUUCCUGGUGUGUGGCCGCCUUUACACCGUGGCCAGCUACGGGGCGGCCAACACUACCGUCAACUACAUGUACGACACGGAAAGCAGCCGCGGGCGCCCUCUGGCAGUCCCCUUCAAAAACAAGUACGGCUACAACAGCAUGAUUGACUACAACCCGGCGCAGAAGAAGCUCUUCGCCUGGGAUAACUUCCACAUGGUCUCCUACGACCUGAGGCUGGGGCGCCCUCCAGCCGAGGCCUGAGAGCAGCUCCCCCACCCACGUCCCCCCCACGUCAAGUGACGUUAACUCGGUCCGCUCGCUUCAAAGACUCAGAGUCGUGUUGAGGAGACUGCCUGCUAGCUAAAGGGCUACAGAAGCUCACCACAACUGUAUUAUUUUUUUUAUUACGCUAUAACUUGAGUUUUACCUGUUAACUUCAGAUUUUGACGGGUUUGUUUUUUGGAAUCAUGUUUCUUAAAAUUUUAAUGAUUUAAAAAUGGAAAUUAAACAUCUAACAUUUGAGUGAAAACGUAAUAAAAAAAACAAGACUGCAUGUUUACCACUUUUACAUGUACUUCAUUGAAAAAAAAAUUAAACAAAAUGUUCAUUUAAGUCCAAAUUUAAAGUAAAAAUGGAAAACAAGUAAAACCACAAAAACAUUACUAUCCAGUUGAAAGGUAUAAACAUUACGUUAUGAGGUAAACCGCUUUUUUUGUUUGUUGUUUUUUGUGAACUGGCAGGCAGGCCAAGCGCACCAGCACCCCAAAAGAGGAAUUAUUUUUGUACCUGAGGUUUGUUUAUUUGUGUCCAUACCGCUACGGGAAAGUUUACCUAAUAUUGUACUAAAGAGUGUCGUUGAGUAUGACGUACCGUACAUGAACGAUGGCGCUGCCUUUGCCGUCAUUAUUGUGCCUUUUCCCACAAAAUGCCUUUCUUCCGAUGGGUUUCGAGGGGUUGAUGGCGCCACCUGCUGCUUAGGCGUGCCCUUGACACGCAACUUGUCGCACAAAAUGAUUUAUUACCUCCGUGUACGUGUAUACUUAAAUACGGAAGUGUACAGUGUGUGAAUAGUUGACAUGAUAUUGCAUGGACACUGUAGUCAGCUAAUAUAAAUUGUUAUUUUGAAAUAAAAAGUAUAUAAAAUGA